AUGGUCCAGAUGUGGAACAUUGUUUGCAUAGCCUGCAGGCCCAGAAGACAUUUCGUCCAAAGACGAAUAGAGCCAGCCGGACCUGUUGACAGGGCGAAGGUGUCCCUUCUCGGCGACCCAGAAGUCCUUCAGUACAGCAUCAUGCCUAACAAGCAGAGGUUGGACCAGCUCUUCACCGGCAGAAAGCAGCACCAGAUUUUCAAGACGUCUCGGCAGGCAUUUGUUUGGGCGAAGAUAGAGUCUUCCCUCCACGACUGCUUGCACGACCUCAGUGAUAUUGCUGUGUUCGUGCUUGGGCAGGAGGCAGCCAAGCAGGAGCAGGCCGCCAUGCUCCCAAGGCUGCGGCAAAGCGAAGACAUCUUUGAGUCUCAGCGGCGGUUCUUCAUCCAGCAGCAUUUGCUGCAGCAUGCGGCAAACCUCAGUGCUGUUGAUGAUGCCACGCUCACCGAACUGCCAAAGCUCAGCGGUUCGGAACAAGAGCAAAGGCUCGCAGCCGCUUCACACGCGAAGUCUUCAAGUCAGCAGACCGCCGAUUCUAUGAUUUCCGAGAAAGUCUCGAACAUGGACAAAGCAUCCUCUUCCGCGAUAGCAAACUCGGCAGUCGAAGACAAGGCGUCAACAACACCGGCAGAAGCCAGUGAUGCAAAGCUUGAGGCCGUUGAGACUGUCAAAGCUUCCAUGCCAGAAACGCACGCCUCCUCUUCUGAGAAGACGAAGGCGGCAGAGGCUGCGGAAACGCAGCAAGUGGAAGAGGAAAGAAGUGACGCGACAGCUUCCAAAACCGUCGAGACCGCGAAGAGGCAGCAGGACAAAGAUCCCGAGCAAACAGCCGAUGAGGCUGCGCCAGAUUCCUCGGUAGAGAAGACGGAAGCAGCAGAUGACAAAGAAGAGGCGCCGAUGACUUCGCAGGAUGAGGCGUCCAGCCCGACGAAAAGUUCCGGCAGCACCCUAGUGAAGGAGACAGUGACACCGGAGGCAGAAAGCGACGCGAAGCCUACCAAAACUGUCGAGACGGCGAAAGCUUCCUCAAAGUCGGCUGCGCCAGAUUCCUCGGUAGAGAAGACGGAAGCAGCAGAUGCCAAAGAAGAAGCGCCGAUCACUUCGCAGGAUGAGGCGUCCAGCCCGACGAAAAGUUCCGGCAGCACCCUAGUGAAGGAGACAGUGACACCGGAGGCAGAAAGCGACGCGAAGCCUACCAAAACUGUCGAGACGGCGAAAGCUUCCUCAAAGUCGGCUGCGCCAGAUUCCUCGGUAGAGAAGACGGAAGCAGCAGAUGCCAAAGAAGAGGCGCCGAUCACUUCGCAGGAUGAGGCGUCCAGCCCGACGAAAAGUUCCGGCAGCACCCUAGUGAAGGCAGAAAGCGACGCGAAGCCUUCCAAAACUGUCGAGACGGUCAAAGCUUCCUCUACGCCAGCUGCAUCAGCCUCCUCUUCUGAGAAGACGAAGGCAGCAGAUGCCACGCAAAAGCCGAAAGACAAAGAAAUGGCGUCGAAGCCGUCCAAGGAGAAGGUUUCCAUCCAAAUGAAGAGCUCUCGCAGAAGCAGGGCAGGUGCAACGCAGGAAGCCGAAGCUGACACGAAAGCUUCCAACGCUGUUGCGGGCAAUACCUCCUCUAAGCCAGCCGCACGAGCCGCUUCUGCCGAGAAGACGAAGUCAGCGACAGAAGCCACGGCAAAGCAGAAAGUCGAAAAAAAGGCACCGAAGGCGACGGCAGUAGAUGCCACGGCAAAGCCGAAAGACAAAGAAGAGGUGUCAAAGCCUUGUAAGGAGAAGGCAUCCAGCCAAACGAAGAGCUGCGGCAGCUCCGCAAACAGGGAUGCAGCAACACAGAAGGCAGAAAGUAGCGCGAAGCGUUCCAAGACUGUCGCAUCCGGCAAGGCCGCCAAGAGUCGCCCGGCAAAAGAAGCAUCUCCGAAGAAGUCGAAGGCAGAUACUACGGCAAAGCAGAACAUGGAGAAGAAGAUGCCCCGGUCUCAGGAAGCGGCGGCUGCAUCCUCGAAGGGCCCGCCGACUGUCACGAGUGUGGAGGGCGAAGCCUCCACCUUCGCCUACAGCGGGAGCUUCGAGGCGGAUGUCCAGAAGAUUUUGGCUGGCGCAGUCCUCGAGGACGACAUCAGUGCUUUCGGAGACAGCUCCUCCAAGGAUUCGGAGAUCUCUGAGGACGACACGCCUUCCCCAGCUGCACGAGACACCCCCGCUAAGAAGGGGAAGGCUGCUGAGAAGAAGGCCCAAGCCACGGAGGAGCAUCUGGAGUCAUUGAUCGAGAGGAAGGUGAACCUUAUUGCUGUGGCAGUCGUGGGUGAUCUCCAUCGCAACGGUCACAUCCAGACCGUGCUUGUGGCAGAGGUGGAGAAGGGGAGGGCUACAGUUUUUGUUUCCGAGGACUUGCUCAAAGGAAGUAAGGCGCAAAAAUCUCUAAAAGUGCUCCUGGAGGCGAAAGAGGUGGUGAAAGUUAUGCACGAUUGUCGAAUGGCUGCUGAUGCCCUCCAGUCGUUGUUGGACAUUCAGCUGUGCAGCGUAUUCGACACUGCCAUUGCCUGGCAGAUGCUGCAAGACACGGAUCCAUCAGCUUUGUCCAGUACGGAGUCCACGAUACUUCCAGUCCUGCAAAAGUAUGCGCCCCUAGCCUUCAAGGAGAUGCAUAAGGUGCUUCCCCCACAGAAGAAGACGCUUCCGAAGCCGGAGCAGGCGAUCUUCGACGUGCUUGGUUUGAGAGAUGAGGUUCCGUCCUCAGCGACUUCGGAGGAGAAGCACGAGGCCGUUCGUCUCUUGGAGCUGAAGGGUCUGCUGACCGCGUCUCUUGCCAUGGGCAAACUGCUGGGCGGCAAGUCCCAGACCUUCAAGAAGCUUUGCCAAAAAGGCCUCGCAGAAUUCCGUGCCUGGCCUGGGCAGCAUGUGAGGACGCUCCCACGAGGACGGAAGGUGCCCUUCAGCUUCAAGGACCACAAGCUCGUCUGCCACCUCAGUGGCAGCGAAGAGCUGAGGAAGAAGGUCUUGGAGGUCCAGAGAGAGAAGGAACGAGAGGCUGCGGAGGCAGCAGCCGAAAUCCAGCCUUUGCUCCGUCUCCUUCCGGACCCCAUCUUCGAGGUGGUCCAGCGCCACAUUCGAGAGGUCGACAGCAACCCGAUGGAGAUUGUCAUCAGCGUUGGCCGCCCCCUGGAGUUCCGGUGGAAGCCAAUGGGGGAGCGUGUGAUGCGCAGCGACUUUCUCGGCGAGCCAGCUACCAAAGAGAAUGUGCAGCUUGUGGUGCAGCGCAUCGGGCUCAAGAAGUUCACGAUUCAGGACCGGGCGGGCAUUGACGGCACCCUGCAUCGCAUCUCUGCUGCUCGCAACCAGUCCGGUCAAGUUGUCACUCUGAUUAUGCGAGUCGGAAGGGCCUCUUCCAAUCUCGCUGGGCUUUUGGAGGACAUCCUAGCAGAUUCCAAGUCGAUCCUCAUGCUCGGGCCCCCUGGAGUCGGCAAGACGACGUUGCUGCGGGCCUGCGCCUCAACUAUGUCCAAGACAAGGCCAACAGUCAUUGUGGACCCAGCCGGCGAGAUUGCAGGGUGUGGCGACCAACCGCACAAGGCUGUGGGCAGAGCUUUGAAGGACAUGGCGUAUUCCAAAGGGAUGAAAACCAGAAGCGAGGCUCGUCGAGAGGCCAUGACCCGUGUCUUGGAGAACAUGACGCCGAAGGUGCUUGUCGUCGACGAGAUUGGCACAAAGGGGGAAGCGCAGGCUGCUCGGACGAUUGGAGAACGAGGUGUUCAGCUGGUGGCCACUGCACAUGGCCACAACCUCUCUGAUUUGCUGUCGAACACAGACCUCCGCGAUCUGGCUGGUGGCAUCAUGACGUCUACCCUGGGUGAUGCAAACGAGCGCUACAAGGCUUCUGGGCGAAAGACAGUGUCCGAAAGGUCCUGUCGACCUGUGUUCUAUACGUUGGUUGAGAUCCGGAGCCCGAUUUCAGUCGCCAUACACACAGACCUCGCCCGAUCCGUGGAUGUCGCGUUGAUGGGCCAGUCCCUCACAGUUCAAGUUCGUUCGCGGGAUGAAGAGGGGCAGAUGUGGGUGGAGUGGCAAAAGAUGUGA